GUCUGCCUGCGUAUCCGUCCCAACAUGGCGAAACCUUAUGGAGCUCCUCUCGGUGAGAGCGCGCACUAACAUACAGCCCACCUUAGCUGCGGUUCGGACUUCGGUACCGGACAGAAGUCGAACUUUCUGCUGUCAUCGUUGCUAUCGCACUUGCAGCGGUUCCGACUGUUUCCUUGACUGACACCAUGGUCGCGCCACCGGCGCUGCCACACAGGCGCGGAUAAAUGCGGCAACGCAGGCGACGCUCUGUCCGCGCGAUCAACACCGAGUAGCAGUGAGUGAGAGAGCGAGACGCCCCGGAGCAGCGCGGGGCUGGAUUUCUAACGCGAGUGCCGCGCGGCAGCGCAGAGAGAAACUCCCUCUGGGGCCCAGACGAGCUAAGAGAUGAACCGAAUCAGAACUACGAGACGAACCGAAUCAGAACAGAUGAGCUAAGAGAAGAACCGAAUCAGAACAGAGGACGAUAAAGAACCGGAUCAGAACAGAGAGAACAACCGGAUCAGAUCAAAGAACCGGAUCGCUUCAGUGGACUAUAAAGAACCAGAUCGGAUCGGUGGGCGAUAAAGAACUGGAUCGGAUCAGAGGGCGAUAAAGUGAAAUGGGCGAAUCUGCCGCUGCCACCACCGGGGACUCCUUGCCGUAGCGGUGAGGGGAUCGGCGGGAUGGCAGCCUCCAGCAACUCCAGCCUCUCCGGAUCCUCUCUCUCCUCCGAUCCAGAAGAUUUCCAGCCCCCCAUAUGGAAGUCCUACUUGUACCAGCUCCAGCAGGAAGCUCCUCGUCCCAAGCGGAUCAUCUGUCCUCAGGAGAUGGAGAGUCGGCCCCGACACUACGGCAGAGAGUUCCAUGGAAUGAUGUCUAGGGAAUGUGCAGACCAGCUGCUCGGUGGAGCUGAGGGGGCGUAUCUGAUCCGGGAGAGCCAGAGGCAGCCUGGGAGCUACACGCUAGCCCUGAGGUUUGGAAGUCAGACUCUGAACUACCGGUUGUUCUACGACGGGAAGCACUUUGUGGGGGAGAAGCGGUUUGAGUCGGUGCACGACCUGGUGACGGACGGCCUGAUCACGCUGCACAUCGAGAGCAAGGCGGCGGAGUACAUCGCCCGCAUGACCACCAACCCCAUCUACCAGCACGCCGGCUACAGCUCCUUGCUACGCGACCGCAUCACGCACAGGCUGGGCCGCGCCCGCACCGAGCCCAAACGGGUCACCUUCCAGCAGGACGAGAAGGUGGUGACAUCAUCACCCUCGCCACUGGACCGGCCGAGCGUUCUGAAGGACUGUCCAGACAAACACUGCAGCUACGACAAGGUGCACAACUUCAAGGUUCAUACCUUCAGAGGACCCCACUGGUGUGAGUACUGCGCCAACUUCAUGUGGGGACUCAUCGCCCAGGGAGUCCGCUGUUCAGACUGUGGUUUGAACGUGCAUAAGCAGUGUUCUAAGCUGGUCCCCAGCGACUGCCAGCCGGACCUGCGCCGGAUCAAGAAGGUGUUCAGCUGUGACCUCACCACGCUAGUGAAGGCGCACAACACACACCGCCCCAUGGUGCUGGACAUGUGCAUCCGCGAGAUAGAGCACCGAGGGCUGAGGUCGGAGGGUUUGUACAGAGUUUCUGGUUUCACUGACCACAUAGAGGACGUCAAACUGGCUUUUGACCGAGAUGGAGAACGAGCAGACAUCAGUGUGGCAGCGUACGCCGACAUCAACAUCAUCGCUGGAGUUCUGAAACUCUACCUGAGAGACCUGCCCAUCCCCGUCAUCACCUACGACCUGUACAACACCUUCAUCCAGGCCGCAAAGAUCCCAGACCCUGAUGCCAGGCUAGAGGCGAUCCAUGAGGGCCUGCUGCAGCUCCCACCGGCCCACUAUGAGACUCUCCGAUACCUGAUGAUGCACCUCAAGAGAGUGACGCUGCACGAGAAGGAGAACCUGAUGAACGCGGAGAACCUGGGCAUCGUGUUCGGGCCCACGCUGAUGCACCCCCCCGAGCAGGAGACCCUGGCCUCCCUCAACGACAUGCGCUACCAGAAGGUCAUCGUCCAGCUGCUGAUCGUCCACGAGGACGUCCUGUUCUAAAGCCACGCCAGGAGGACCAGUUCUAACUGUUCUAACUGUUCUAACUGUUCUAACGCCACGAGGACGUCCUGUUCUAGUGCCACGCACGAGAACGUCCUGUUCUAACCACACGCACGAGAACGUCCUGUUCUAAAGCUACGCACGAGAACGUCCUGUUCUAAAGCCACGCACGAGAACGUCCUGUUCUAAAGCCACGCACGAGGACGUCCUGUUCUAAAGCCACGCCAGGAGGACCUGUUCUAACUGUUCUAACUGUUCUAACGGCAC